UCAAAGUACGACCAGAACUGAAGCCAAAAGUAUGGACGGAAAGACAACAUUCUCUAUAAAGAUACAAUUACAUUAAGUCAAACGUAUAGGCCUAUAUAUUUAAAGUAUUAAGUAGCCUAAACAAUUCCCGUCGUAUAGUAAUGGAGGAAAUGAAGAUAAUAAAUCUCAGCGUGAAUUUGAUCCUGUUCGGGUUCGUCAUUGGCACUGAUGGUUUCCUGCUACACGGCUCGGCUGAUCCUCUAACAGCGCAGUUGAGAGGAGCUGUACUGCUUCCCUGCUUUGUGGACAGACCCCUGCCUUUGGAGGAGCUGGAGGUGGAGUGGAGAAGGACUGAUUCAGACACCAUCGUGCACCUAUUGCAGGGGGGUCAGAGCAGACCUGAAUCACAGGGGGACGCCUACAAGGACAGAGCCCACUUCUUCUCUCAGGAAAUCCACAAAGGCAACUUCUCUCUGCUGCUUGAGGGUGUGAGGACUGCAGAUGCAGGAGUGUACAAGUGUGUGGCUUACACAGAGCAAGAGCAAAAUGAAACACAGGUAGUAAUACAGGGAGUAGGUUAUUCAUCCUUACACUGGUUGAUUCUGGUGCUGUGCAUUACUGUCACACCUGUAGUCCUGGUUACUGGUGCUUUCUCUGUAUGGAAUUUGAUAAGACCAGGUGAAAGCAGGCAGGCACUGUUGUGUCACUGUUCCAGUGUCAUAGUUCCAUCUGUAAUGAUGUCCUUAUCAUUCACUCUGUGGGGUGUUGCUGAAGGAUCCAUAGAAGAAGCUGUCACUUGUGUUGUCAUCAGUCUUACAUGGAACCUGGUGUUGUUUAAUGUGGCACCAUAUAAUGAGUUAUUUUCAGCUACCUGGUGCACAGUUAAAAGUGAAUCUCUGAGACUAGGAAAUAACAUCAUUUUCAUGACUAUAGGUACAGUUGCUGUCACUGAAUUAGCAACAAAAUAUUUUACAAACACAGCCAGGAAUAUAGUACUGGGAGGCCUCAUACCUGUAGUUAUAUUUUUGAUCUUGGUGGACAUAGUUGGUUUCAUUGUGCGUUGGAAUGAAUAUUCCUUGGUGAGUGAUCAGAGAACAAAAAUAAUUGAUCGCGUUGCAAAAACAACAUCUUUUCUGUUUCUGGUCUUCAUCGCAGUAGCUAUGAUUGUUUUUAGUGUGUUUUUGCAAACAUAUUCAUCAGACACAGCUGGGAAAGUACAACAAAGGAACUACAUAAGUGAAUUUACAAUUCCUAUGAUUAUGGCAUUAUUCCCAUUUGUGUCCACUGUAUUUCUGAUAAUAUUUUUAAGGACAGGCAAAGUAAAACUUGGCAACAUUCUGCAGUUCUGGGCUUUGUUCCUAUACGACCCUGCAUUUUUUAAUCUGCUCUGCCUUGCUUUUUAUCACCAGUUCUUUGCCUGGAUGUACAAUGCAUUUAUGUUAGAAUAUUUAAUUCCAAUUACAGUAUCCAUUUUGGGAAUAUGCGUAUGCCUUGCUCUUAGACCAUAUGAGGACUUGCAGAGGUUUUACUAUUUGGCUGAGAAAAUGCUAUUGGGGAUUUUAUUCAUGCUUCAACUAAUAUUAAGUUUCCAGUAUGUGAAUUUCAUUCUGGGAGGUAAGAAAGAACAACAUGUAAGGAUGGCUGAGUAUACAUUGAUCUACAGUUUGGCUGUCACAUCAUGCUUUGAUGACUGGCUUCAGAAUGAUUUAUUUCGCAAACCCCGUUCCUUUCUCUAUGUAUCAGGGGCUUUUGGUUUCCCUCUGGUGAAUUCUGUUGCCCUGGCUGUAUUAUCAAAACAGAAAGAAGACACAGGAGAACAGUCCCUGGAUCUACGGCUGAUUGUCUUUCUUUCUGAGUCUUUCUUCCUUAUUGCCUGGUUUGUUCUACAGGUGUCUGCAUACAGUAUGAGGGAAAAACAAAGAAUAAAAGAAGCAUUUGCCUUUCUUCAAAGACAUGAAGGUACUGAGCCAGACCAGAGACCACACGAUGAUCAGGAGAUGGAAGCAUUGUCCUGCGAUGAAGCCAAUGGUGGAAACAGAGAGGACGUAAACCAGCAAGCAUGAAUUUGUGAUUCACAGGCUCACUGUAAUAAACUUUGAUUUGUGAAUUUUUAGGUUAUUUAGAAUGGAACUGGGAAAUUCUAAAGAUCCUAAAAUAAAGUUUACCGUUUUUAGAUUGAUUUCAGACCCAGGUUUGCCAUGGACUUUGGUAUCAUGGGAGUCAGGUUAACAACCACAAGAUUCUUCCUUUAUUACAAUUUAUCUGACAUGGAUGAUGGUUGCUGAUGGUUUACUAAGACGGCACCUGGCAUCUUAGUGGGUUUACUGGCACUGACAAACUGUUUAGAAAAUUUACUUAUACCUUCCAGAUUCCUUCCUAUGUAAAUAUAUCCUACAUGUGCAACAGAACUAUGAUUAUAGAGUGCAAUAUACUUAUACUUCACAUACUGUACUGUUCAUCCUGCUGAUAAUGUGCAAAAUAGUUUUUUCUUCUCUUCAAGUUACAUUUAUUAUAACUUCUUACAGGGUCACUUAUGUUACGAGGUAACUUAGUAUUUUAUUCUAGUAUUGUAUUAUAGUAUUUUAUUCUACUCUAAAAUUUUAUUAGUGUGCUUUAAUUCAAUUUAGCUACACUAAUCUUUAGUACUUCAUUGUACUGUUCUUGUGUGUUGUUGCAGUCGUAAUGUAAGCAAUUUCCUCCGGGAUCAAUAAAGUUUUCUGAUUUCUGA